GUUACAUUUAGUACUUGCUUUGUUGACUACAGUCCUACAGCUGUGUGAUAAAAUGAGCUCUACAAGUCUGUCGUUCAAUCCAUUAGUAAAAUCCAUGCAUUUUCUAGUAUUCCUGCUUUUUUACUCUGCUGAGGGUAAAAAGAUGCUGGUGGUACCCAUUGGUGGUAGUCACUGGCUGAGCAUGCAGAUUGUGGUGCAAGAAGUGGCACAAAGAGGACAUGAUACUGUUAUCCUUGCUCCACAACAGAGCUUUAUGUUCGGAACUUUGAAAAGUCAGCAGUUAAAAUAUUUCAAAAUACCUUUUACCGAAGAAGAUUUAAUGAAAGUUGUCGAGAACAUGAAAAAAGAAAUGUUCUACAAAGAACCCUACUUGCUGAAAUAUGGGCGAACAGUUUUGUCUCAUGUGGAAAUAGCAAACUUACUUUUUGCUGCUUGUGAAAGUCUCAUGUCUGAUGAAGAACUCCUGGAUUCCCUGAAAAAGGAAAACUUUGAUAUUCUGCUAACUGAUCCAUUCAGUCCCUGUGGUUCCAUACUUGCUCACUAUUUGUCUGUUCCUUUUAUGCAUUUCUUGAGGGCAACCCCCUGUGGUUUAGAAUAUCGGGCCACACAGUGCCCAAAUAUCCCAUCAUAUAUCCCUACAAUACUGUCUGGUCUCUCAGAUCGCAUGACAUUUUUUCAACGAGUGCUAAAUGUUUUUAAUGCUUUAACAGAACCCCUAUUUUGCAAAGCUAUGUACUCAUCAUUUGAGGACUUGGCCAAAAAGGUGUUACAACAAGAUAUUUCACUGCAGGAGGUUGUGAGCCAUGCAGCUAUAUGGCUAAUGAGAUAUGACUUUGUUCUGGAAAAUCCAAGACCUCUGAUGCCAAAUAUGGUCUUAAUUGGUGGCAUCAACUGCAAAUCGAGCAAGAGCUUGACACUGGAAUUUGAAGAGUAUGUUAACAAAUCAGGAGAUCAUGGUAUUGUUGUGUUCUCCCUUGGCUCAAUGGUGUCAGAAUUACCAAUGGAAGUAACAAUGCAGUUUGCAGAUGCUUUUGGAAAAAUCCCUCAGACGGUUUUAUGGAGAUACACUGGACCAGAGCCCCCUAACUUGUCUGAGAACACAAAGUUGGUAAAAUGGCUUCCACAGAAUGAUUUACUAGCUCAUUCCAAGACACGAGUGUUUAUUACACAUGGAGGGACACAUGGGCUAUAUGAAGCAAUAUGCAGUGGAGUUCCCAUGAUUAUGAUGCCACUCUUCGGGGAUCAAGCCAGCAAUGUUAAGCGUAUGGAGAGGCAUGGUGUUGGGGUUAUCCUCAACUUACCUGAUUUGACUUCUCAGAAGCUAUUGGAAGCCUUAGAAACUGUCAUUAAUGAUACAAGGUAUAAAGAACGCAUGACAGAACUCUCAGCAAUUCACAAAGACAGACCAAUUGAACCUCUUGACCUUGCAGUUCAUUGGAUAGAAUUUGUCAUGAGACACAAGGGGGCUGAUCACUUACGACCUGCAGCACAUGACCUAAACUGGAUUCAGUAUCAUUCCCUUGAUGUCAUUGCAUUUCUUGCAGCUGUAACACUAGUUACUACCUUUAUAGGGUUUAAAUGUUGCUUGUUUUGUUGCAGGAAAUUAUUUUGUAGAAGACAUCAGAGGAAGUCAAAAUCAGAGUAAAUCUACACAGUCAUGUGUGACUAAACUGAGUUAAUCUUUUUUAAUAAUAAUGUGUUGGUUUAAUGACAGAAUGAAGUUAUCCAUUAUAUUUGUUAUUCUCGUCUGCCAACAGAACCUGCAAUUUUGUAGUUGCAUAUUUUUAAGAGGCAUAAAAUGAAACAGAACACCUAUUUCAGUUUAUGUUAAGACAUGUGUUAUAGUGUAUACUGCUGAUGCGCACAUUUUCUGUUUAAAUAUAUAUUUUUUAUUUCAUAGUGCUGGUUAUACUUUUGUGUGAAGUAUCCUUUCUAGAUGUGUGCAUGCUCUUGGGGUCUGCUGUAAUGCUUUUCUUCUUCUUCUUCUUCUGCUGAUUGUCAAAGACAUUUCCUUCCCAGCUGGAAUAACCAGCCCAGCUACACAAACCAAAGGAUGGAGCUAGCAGACUGUUAAGAAACCUGGGUUUCAGAAAACAUUUCAUAAAGAAGAAAAUUUCUUAGUUUUGCUCCUUUAGAUAUGAUCAGAGUGCGUAGUGAUGACUUGCAUUCAUAUGGAUAUCUCCAGCCUUGCUAAGGGUCCCUGUGUACUGAGCACAGUGGCAGUCCAUUCCCAAGGGUCAGAAAGCUGUCAUGGAAUUUACCUCCUCAUGUAGCAUCCUAGGUCAGUUUCUGAACCAACGAUACAUGUGCUAUCAAUGGGAAUCUCACUACAGCAGAGAUGGAAAGUGCACACCAUUAAGUCUUUGAAUCUGCUGUCAUGUAAAUAUGUGGUAGUAAAGUUAAAUAUUCGUCAUUGUAGUAGACCUUUUGUCACGUAAAUCUGUGUUAAUAAGAUGAUUUUGUGGAAAAAAUUUUUUUAUGAGAGUUAUAAAUAAAGCAUGUCUCUCUUUGAAAAA